AUGGACGUUCAAAACCUUCCCGCAUAUCCUCCUCUGGAAACAGUUGAGCAGCUCAUCGUCAAAGAAAAACAAGGAAACUGCGUGCCCGUCUAUGUUGAACUGCCAGCAGAUCUGAUAACACCAUGUAUGGCCUACUUGCGCAUCGCCAAAGACUCAAAGUACAGCUUCCUUCUGGAGUCUGGUAUCAGUGGGGAGAGCAUUGGUCGAUAUAGCUUCAUCGGCGCUGAUCCCUUCAAAGUAAUUAAAACAGGCCCCGGAGAGGAACACAAUGGCGAUCCCAUGUCUGUUCUUCAGAAGGAAUUAUCUCUGUACCAAUACGUCAAGAUUCCCGAGAUCCCCACAUUUACUGGCGGCGCUAUCGGUUACAUAUCCUAUGAUUGUAUCCAGCAUUUUGAGCCCAAGACCGCUUGCGAACUCAAGGAUACCUUGCAGAUACCCGAAACUGUCUUCAUGCUCGUCGACACUCUCAUUGUAUACGACCACAUAUUCCAGACUCUAAAAGUUGUGUCCCAUGUGUUCAGCCCCAGAAAUGCGGGCACAGGAAGUUUGUCGUUCGUAUACCAAACUGCCGUGGCCAAGGCUCGGAGACUAGCCAAAGUCCUCCUCGUAAACACUACUCCCGAAGUUCUCCAACCUCCGAUAACCACACUGGGCGUUGAAGGCGUGUCCAACGUGGGGAAGGAGGGAUACGAGGCAUUUGUCACCAAGCUGAAGGGCCAUAUAGUAGCGGGAGAUAUCAUUCAGGCCGUACCGUCUCAACGGCUUGCUCGUCCUACGUCUCUACACCCGUUCAAUGCAUACCGGCAUUUGCGACAGGUCAAUCCAAGUCCAUACAUGUUUUACCUCGACUGUGGAGACCUGCAGAUCGUUGGUGCAAGUCCUGAAACGCUCUGCAAAGUCGAAAAAAAUGUCGUGUUCAACCACGCCAUCGCGGGAACAACGAGGCGCGGCAAGACUCCAGAAGAGGACGCCAAGCUAGGGGCUAUCUUGUCAGCUUCCGAGAAAGACCGCGCAGAACAUAUAAUGCUUGUAGACCUGGCUCGAAAUGACGUGAACCGCGUCUGUGAACCCAAGUCGGUCAAAGUGGACCACCUCAUGAGAGUCGAAAAAUUCAGUCAUGUGAUACAUUUGACAUCCCAAGUCUCUGGAACGCUCCGUGAAGGCUUGACUAGGUUUGAUGCAUUCCGCUCAAUCUUCCCUGCCGGGACAGUGUCCGGUGCACCGAAAAUCAAAGCUAUUGAAAUUAUAUCGUCGCUUGAACAAGAACGUCGCGGUGUUUAUGCAGGCGCGGUUGGUCGUUUCGAUUUUUCAGCUGACGAAAUGGAUACGUGUAUCGCUAUCCGAACGAUGGUGUUUAAAGACGGUACAGCAUACCUUCAAGCAGGAGGAGGGAUAGUCUUUGAUAGUGAAGAGGAGGACGAAUACAUCGAGACCAUCAACAAACUGAAAGGGAACGUUCGAGCCUUAGAGCAAGCAGAACAAUAUUGGUACGAAAUUCAGCAGGGACAGACCAAGUAA